CAAGCACGCUAGAAUAUUAAGUUUACGAGGAGCACCUGAAGGCAUCAUAAAACAAGAUCGCUAGCUUAACCAAAGCAGCUAAUAUGGGCUAGCCUGCGCAAUGAUGAUGUACUGCCUGUACUGCCAGUGCAACUGGGACUAAGGGGAGCAGAGUUUUAAAAUUGUAUUGCCGAAUUUAGCAAGGGAGUCAAUCGCUGAAAGCAGAUGGAGGAGUUUGACAGCAGUGCACUGGGCCGGGUAACAGUGUACUCCAUCCAGGGCUGCCCACACUGUGUGCAGGCCAAAGCCACCCUGGGGCGUUUGGGAGUACCGGUAUGUGAUGUGGAUGUGGGAAGGCAUCCAGAGCUAAGAGCCAGAGUGAAGGAGUUGACAGGACGCAGCUCAGUCCCUCAGAUCUUCUUUAACAACAUUCAUGUUGGGGGCAACGAUGACCUACAGAAAUUGGCUCCUGAGGAGCUUCAGAGGUUGGUGAAUGUGGUCAAGAAAGAGCCUCUUCCAGCAGAUGCUCCACCACUACCAGACGAAAAUCAACCAGAGGACACGACUGGGGAGACUGAUGGAGAGUAUAUGUGUGAGAGGGAUGAGUUGGCGGACCUGGUAGAGGACCUGAAACAUGGCACUGUGAUUGGCAGUCAUAGGAGGGGACUGACUUUGUACAAAAAGAGCUUCUCAGGUGCUCAACUCGUUGACUGGCUGCAGAAAGAGAAGGGCAUGGCCAGUGCUGAGGCCUAUAAUACUGGCCAAGCAUUGUUGCAGAAGAAGUACAUGGUCAGUGUGCGUGGCUGUGGGCAGCAGGAUGGCAGUUUUGGAGAAGGGAAAGACACACUGUACAGGCUGCUGGAGGAUGACCCUCAUUCAGCCCUCAACGCAGGACAGACGGCAGCCUGCAGUCCCAUCCAGGCUGCUGAGCUCUCUUUGCUUGUACGGGAGUUGAUUUUGAAAUUGUUCUCCGAGCAUCUCUCUGCUGAUGGCAAGUCUGUGGACUACAAGGGCAUGUCAGUCAACCCUGCCUUUGAGCAUUACUGUGAGCUAGCCAUUCAGCUGCAGAGGGUGGAGCUGCUUUCGCUGAGUCGGGAGGAGAAGCUGGCCUUCUUCAUCAACAUCUACAAUGCCUUGGUCAUCCACGGGUACCUACGCCUGGGGGCCCCCACCAACAUGUGGCAAAGAUACAGAUUCUUCAACUAUGUGAGCUACCUGAUUGGAGGAGAAGUGUUUACAUUACAGGACAUUGAGAAUGGUGUUCUGAGGGGGAACAGAAAAGGUGUCGCACAGCUUCUAAGGCCCUUCUCCAAAACAGACCCACGACUACAAGUGGCCCUUCCGGAUGCUGAGCCCCUCAUUCACUUUGCCUUGAACUGUGGCGCAAAGGGCUGCCCACCAAUUAAAACAUACACUCCACAGGACAUUGACAGCCAGCUCCGCACAGCAGCUGAGGCCUUCCUGGAGAACGACGACGCCUGUAUGGUGGAUUCUGGGAAAAGAGAAGUGCGACUCAGUCAGAUAUUCAAGUGGUACAAAGCUGACUUUGGAGGAACUGAUGAAAAGCUGUUGAAGUGGGUGGUGGAGCACAUGGGGGACUCUCCGAAGAAGACCAGCCUGCAGGGUGUCCUUUCUGCUGGGAAGACCAAAGUCAGCUUCCUCCCUUAUGACUGGAGCACCAAUAGCACCCACUGAGCAUGCACACACCAACACAUUCACAUCCAGCUAUAUGCUAUGUCUCUAUUCAUCUGUCCACUUUCUACUAAGCUGCAUCUACUUAAAAACCAGUAGGUUGGUGAUGACGUGCUUGUCAAAUGCAAUCCACUGGUCCGCAACCAUGCUAAUGUUUUUUUUUUUUUUAAUGCGAAAACAAACUGUAAAUC